GCGGGUGUGAGCGUGAAGCGCCGACCCUCGACCGUCGCUGUGCACGCACGCACAUAAACUUCUCUUAAUCGGAUUUUCUUGUUCGAGAUAUUUAUUCGCAACCUUUUCAAUCAAGGCACGCAGGGCACAACUAGCUGUGGGAUAUCGAGACACAGAGAGCGGCCUUCAAGCACUCUUAUCAUGCGGGUGCUUGCGCUUGUGCUUGCCCUUGCCACGAGCGGCUUGGCGAUCGAGACGGUUCCCGAUCUGGACGUCGCUAAAUACAUCGGUCGGUGGUACCAGCUGUACGGCAACACCUUCACAGCCAGGAUUACGCGGGAUGGCACCUGUGUUGCGGCUGAUUAUGGACUGGACCAAGCCACCGGCAACAUCACCGUCAUCAACUCCGAACGGAUUGGCGUCCCCACCGGCAGAUUGCAAACAAUCGAAGGGUUCGCCUACGGAACGGGCCCGUCUAACCCAGGCCAGUUGAAAGUGCACCUUGGAGACGUGCCCGUCGACGGUGAUUACUGGGUGGUCGGCCUCGGCCCUGACACGUUUGGCCCCGACUCGUUGUAUCAGUGGGCUCUCGUCAGUGGACCGGACGCUGAAUCUCUGUUUGUCCUCGUGCGCGACGUCCGGGAGUUCGAGAAGACAUACGCUCGCGAUGUACUCGAAUUCGUUGCGGAGUUGGGCUUCACGGGAAGGGAUAAGGAACCUCAACGCGUUAUCCAGGAAGGAUGCCUGCCCUUCACUCCGUCUUCUGAUUCAACCACCACUGCAAAUACCCGGAAGAAGAAGUUGGACUGGGUAGAUGUUCUGGAAACGUUGGAAACGUUGGACUGGGAUAAGGUAGGAGCCGGAUAUGCCAGUGAUGAAGACGUCAACGCUGGAAGCUCUUGGACAGACGUCCUGUCGCAAAUGCAGUGGGACGAGGAAGAGGGCACGUGGAGCCUCGAGUCGUGGAAGCCUGUUGAGCCAGUCACAGAGUUGGACAUCAAUCGCUACUCCGGUCGCUGGUACCAGAGCUACGCAUCGUUUACGGCGGGUACACUGCUCGAGCGCCAGGGGGCAUGUGUGACGGCAGACUACGGAGUGAAGGCGGACGGUUCUCUUUCCGUGGUGAACACGGCCAGGACGAACAGCCCGGACGGGGAACUGGUCGAGAUGACCGGCCACGCAUAUACGAAGGAUGCCUCCAAACCGGGACAACUUACCGUGCACUUGGACGGUCUCCCAGUGGAUGGGCCUUACUGGGUUUUGGCUGUCGGUGACGAGCAAGGGACCGGAUCAUAUCCUUGGGCGAUCGUUUCCGACCCGUUUCGAGCCUUCCUGUUCGUGCUCGUGCGCGACACGGCCCAAGAGGACACGGACCUCGUCGCCAAGUGCAGAGAGCUCGGGUUCACCGCCCCGUGGAACUCCCCGCGCAAGACGGUGCAGGAGGGCUGCACAUACACGGAGGUUUCCCCUGCCGAGGAUGUCGCCGAGGAUGUCGCCGAAGAGGGCGGAAGUGCUGCGCUCUUGUCUGCGUUGGAGCUCCGUGGUGGAGCGUCGGGGUUGGGGUUGGGGGGUCCGCUUCACGCCAGCUGCAAGAUGACGAUCGCCUUCCCCAAGAACAGCUGCUCUGAGGUGGCCGAGGCCAUCGUUUCGUCUGCAAAGGACAUGAUGGGCUUUGAGAACUGCGGCGGGGGUAACAAGUGCGGCUAUACGGUGGAAGAUGUAGCUGACGGAAAUGUCAAGCUUGUCCACGAGACCAGCGUGAAACAUUACAAGGACGAUAUAACGUUCACCCUUACUGACAAGGGAGGCUCGUGCGAGGCAAAGGCCUUCUCUACCAGUCAAACGUGGUACGCUGUCCUUGACAACUCGGUCAACUACUGCAAUAUCCACAACCUGGUGGACGCGUGUAUGCUACAGUACAUAGAGACAGACGUCAGCGAUUCGAAGUGCACGCAGUACUCGACGGCUGACUGCGAGCGUUACUGAUUUGGCCUCGAAGCGUGCGCGUUGUUCCUUCUUUGUGGGUAAAAAGAUGCUUGUUGUUAUGCAUGUCAUAUGUUCGGAGAUGAGUUGUGCGUAAGGGCUCGAAAAGCAAUGACUGCUAGGCACACUCUGUACAGCAAGUCCCAGAUUGCACGAGAGCAGGCGCGUCGAGAAUUGAUUUGUAUUUAUUGUGCACCAACUUUUGUCGGUCUCGGUUUAUUUUAGAUGUCUGCAGGUUGCCGGGCGCAAGAACGGUGGGACAUUGUAUUCGACCUUGGGGUGUCUUUCUACGCAUGCGUGUCCUUUCAGCUAGUGAUGCUGAUUUUGCUACUGCCUCUUCGAAUGCUUGCCAGCUUCUCGAAGGAAAUGCUAUGAUACUGGUUGUUGGAUUCUUGUACCGUUUUUUUUGUGUGAACUCUCUGCGUUGGUGUGGAUGUGACCUGGCGGUCACCAAGUGUUCAAGACAAAUCAAACGAUGAAUGAGCGCAU